AUGUCGAAGUCUGGGUCACGGUACGGGAGACGGUCGAACUGGUUCAAGAUCCACUGCUUACUUCAAGAGCAACAACAGCAGCAUAUGCACAUAAACUCAAAUAAAUCGCCACCUACUUUCAAUCCUUCACUGAACGCGUCGUACUUACCGACGAACCUUCUCCCAGCCGCGGCCUUAGCAGAAUAUUAUAAAAACUCGGAAAAGAGUCCGUUUACGGAAGACGUGACGCGGCAAAGCGUAUCACCUUCUGACUCGGGAGCGUCGUCAGCGGAUCCUGAGGACGACAACAGCUCUAGAAGUACUAGUGGACUUAGUAUCUUCCGACCAGCGUCGUCUCCGUGCAGUGACAAGGAUGUACGGUUACAAGCUUUAAAAAACCAUAACAAAGAUAGAAGACGGAAACCUACUUUGCCCCCAUCGCCAUUUGGAACAGUUUCUGCUCCACCAAGUUUCUCGCCUAGAAGUGCUCCAUACUUACCUGUUCAGUUACAAUCUUUGAGAGCAGCACCUCCAGGACUAGCAACUUGGCAGAACAGAAACGGUGGAGACUUACUCCUGCACUCACCAGCCGUAGCCGGAGUGGCGAUAGACCAAGAUCAACCAAUAGAUCUUUCUAUAAAAUCUACGGCAGUUAUUUUUAGAAGUCCUAAGAACGACGAAGUUAGUGAUUCCGAACCAGAAUUAUCAAUUGAUUUGAGUGAGGAAAACAGUAAAGAAGUUAUGAAAAAUCCUUUAGAUCUGUCUCUUGUCCCGAAAAGAUCAGAAGAGGUACCAAUGACUGGUUAA